GCCGUUGUUUGAUUCUGUUUUGACAUCAGGACGGGAAUCACUCUGAAAUUUUGGACUCAUUCUUCCGUCCGUAUCGUCAAGUGAGCAAGAAUGGGCCGCCACUCCUCGGACAGUGAGGAUAACAGCCGCAGCAGCCGGCACAAGAGGAAGCAUCGACGCCGCUCGUCUUCCUCUAGCUCGUCUGGAAGCAGAGUAACCAGCCGCAGUAAACACUCUAGCAAGCGAACUCGCUCCCGGUCUAGAGACAGAGACAGGAGACGCAGGCAUCGUUCCAGUAGCAGCUCCUCCAGAGGUUCCAGCCACAGAAGGCGGAGUCGCAGCACAGACAGGGGGAGGAGCUACAGGUCCCGCAGGUCCCGUUCCCGGAGUCGUAACAGGAGGUCUCGCUCACGGCAUCGCCGGUCACGCAGCCGUAGCAGCGGCAGGUCCAGUCGGAAGCGCAGCCGCAGUCGCAGCAGAGAUCGAGACCGCAGUCGACGUGGCACCAGAGACAAGGAGAAAACGCGUGACAGAGACAGAGAGAGAGACAGGGACAGAGAGAGAGACAAAGAGAGGGAAAAGGACAAAGCCAAGGAUAAGGACAAACAGGGGGACGUCGGAAACAUCAAAGGCGGAUUAGAACAUCUGACUCCAGCAGAACAGGCAAAGGUUCGUCUCCAGCUGGUUCUACAGGCUGCAGCUAAAACAGAUGAAGUACUGAGAGCGAAAGAGAAGAAAGAGGAAGAGGCCAGGAAGAUGAAGGAGGAAGAGGAGAUGACUCUGGCCGAGCAGGUGAAGAGGAUAAAGGACAUUGAGGCCAUCGAGAGUGACUCUUUUGUUCCUCAGGCUUUCAAAUCAUCCCGGGAUGUGGCCAAGGUCAGUGAACCGGCAGAAAUCAAGAAAGAAGCUGAUUCUGGUGAUGAAUCCGCCGUCACGGAGGACAUCAGCGCUCUACCUGUUUCCAUCAAAUACCACGACACCGAUACUCUGGCCCACCCUAAUCUGUUUGUGGAUAAAGAGAAAGCAGAGGAACUGUGGCUGAACCGACUCAUCGCCCUACGCCAGGAGAGGCUCAUGGGAAGUCCAGUCCCCUGAAGAAGACCACACGCGAACAUCUCACCAACACUUCGGUCCAGAAUCUCAAUAGGCUCAAUGUACUCUGUUGACUUUACGUGAUGUUGUAGUAAUUAGUGUAAACUUGCAUAGCUGCCAUUUUAAGUUGAAUUCAGAGACUUCCAAGUGCUUUGUUGUCUCGCUGUUUUUCAGGGUUAAUUUGGUCAGGUUAACUAUAUCAAUCAAGCUGUUGUAAAUAUUUAAAUAAUUGGCAUCAUGUUUCAGUUUAACAUGUAUAUUGGGAUAUUUUUACUGUUAGUUUUUAAUGAGUUGUUGCCAGAUUCAUUCCAGUGGCAUCGAAUGAAAACAUAGUUUCAUGCACCAUUAGAACAGUGCUGGCACCAGGAC